GGCCUACCCUCCAUUGAAAAAAGAGGCUCGAAUCCAGACUGAAAACGUUGUCGUUGAUGCAGUGUGAUUGUUUACACACAAGCAUUUCCUGCAAUAUUAUCAGUUUUUGAAUAUAAUAAAUGGCCUCGACUUUACUGUCACCCAUGGUGGAUUAUUAUAACGACGAGGAGGAGCUAGACAGUGUGGAUGAAGAUGAAGAUCGCAGUUUCAGAGGAAGAGACUCGGAAGAAGACACGGAAGAUGCCAGUGAAACAGAUCUGGCCAAACAUGAUGAGGGCGAUUAUGUUGAAAUCAAAGAACAGAUGUAUCAGGACAAACUGGCAUCCCUGAAAAGACAGCUUCAACAACUGCAAGAAGGCACGCUGCAGGAGUACCAGAAGAGAAUGAAGAAGCUUGAUCAGCAGUAUAAAGAGAGACUUCGUAAUGCUGACCUCUUUCUACAACUUGAGACAGAGCAGGUGGAGAGGAACUACAUCAAAGAGAAGAAAGCAGCGGUCAACGAAUUUGACGAUAAGAAAGUGGAACUGAAGGAAAACCUUAUUGCAGAGCUGGAAGAGAAGAAGAAGAUGAUCGAGAACGAGAAAUUAACAAUGGAGCUGACAGGAGAUUCCAUGGAGGUGAAACCUAUUAUGACCCGGAAGCUCCGGAGACGACCCAAUGAUCCUGUGCCCAUUCCAGACAAGCGGAGAAAGCCGGCACCUGCCCAGUUAAACUAUUUACUCACUGAUGAACAGAUCCUGGAGGAUCUAAGAACAUUAAACAAGCUUAAAUCUCCGAAAAGACCAGGUAUGGACGUUUUGUCUUUUAGAGCGUCCCCGUCUUCUCCAGAGCACCUCCCAUCCAUUCCAGUGGACACCCCAUCCCAGCGUUAUGAGGCACGGAUAGAGGAGGGGAAACUCUACUAUGAUAAGAGAUGGUACCAUAAAAGUCAAACAAUCUAUCUGGAGUCCAAGGAGAACACCAAGAUCAGCUGUGUCAUCAGCUCUGUGGGGACCAAUGAGAUCUGGGUGAGAAAGACAAGUGACAGUACAAAGAUGAGGAUCUAUUUAGGGCAGCUGCAACGAGGGGCCUUCAUCAUUAGACGCCGGUCAGCAGCAUAGACGUCACUCUUCCUCAUCUUCUUCUCUUUCCUGUGUGCGUGUGUGUUUUUAAACAAACAUUUUAAAACUCUGCCUGUUUUACGAACACAUCUACUACACAUUGAAGCAUGAUAUUUCUUUCUGUCUCUCAUCUUAUUUUUCUAUCACUCUCUCACAUAUGAUAUAGAUAUUGCCAAAGUAUAUCAUGAAAUGUCUAACAUUUAUCUUUAUUUUUGCAUUUUCUUUGUGUAUGAACUUUGCAUUGUACAUGUAAUGCAGUCACAACGUCUGAGGUAAUGUUUAACCUUUUACUGUUUUAUUUCAAAGAGCUCUCUACGAUGAAGCGAGUAGACAACAAUACAUUUUGGCACUAUAUUGUAUUACCAGUAAGGCAUUUUCAACUGUUAUUUUGUGAGUUUUUUUGUUUGUUUGUUUGUUUUUUUGUAUAUGUAAUGCCAUAAUCUGUUCUCUCCAUGCACUUGAAAGUGUACAGAGUUUCAAAUUACUUUGCGAAUUUUAGUUUUGUAUUCAGUCGAAUUUUAAAUAAAUUUGGCUCAUACAGUACAAAACAA